AAAAGCAUCAUCUAAACUUCAUAACUCAUCACUCUUCACCUCCACUUCUUUGACCAUCUCAUCUCCCCAAUCUUCCUCCACAACCCACACAAUCUCUCCCUUGUUCUCUCCUCUCACAUCCCAAAUGCUCGCCACGGAACCCCCCACCGCUUCUCCCCACCUCCGCCACCCAAAACCCGGGGCCCGAAAACCUCUACAACCCAAAAACAACUUCUUCAUCACUAAUAAAAAUCAUAAUCCUCCUAAAUCAACUCCAUCAAAAAUAAAUCACCAACCUCAACCUCACAUUUUAUCACCAAAUUCACCCAUCAAUGACUCUAAUAAGGAAAACUGGGACCCUACUCCCAGCAUCAAGCUGUUAGAAGCCAUGGAUGCUUCCCUAGCUCAAGAGCUCACCGCUGUAAAACACAAACUAGAACGCCUCAAACUCGAGAGAGAAAAGACUGAUAAAAUGCUUCAAGACCGAGCUCGCUUCCUCCAAGUCCAAUUGAUUGAACUCCAUCAUAGGGGUGAGUUCCAGAAAGAGCUCGAAAUCGAAGUUGAUCGACUUUAUAGAUUGAAACAGCUCAAGCUCGCUUCCACGAGGAUGUCUCCGAUUCGUUCGUUGAGAGAGAAGGAAUUGGAGAAGAAGAACAAGGAUGAAUCACAAUAUGAGCUGAAUAUGAGCGAGAAAUCAGGAGAAAGUAAGGAAGGAUUGGUGGAUGAAAGCAACACUACAGAAAGUCCAGCUUUGAGUAUUGCGAGUUCAUCAGCUUCAAAUUCAGCAUCUAACACUUCUAAAUCGACGGCGACAUCGAAAAUGCUGCCAAUUUCUAUGAAGUUGAGCUUGGAAAUUGCUUUGGAUGAUAAGUGAUAGUAUAUAGAUUGAGAAUGUGAUUUGAAAGAAAGAAUUCAACCAUGGUUGAUUAUUAUUUACUGAUCAAGAAGAUUUUGUUACCUCUACUUUUCAACUUAUUGUGUUGCUUUUAAGUAGUAGUAUGUAGUAUCUCGCUAUAUAUGAUUCUUAAUGUAGCUUGUCACAUGGAAAUGGACGUUUUUUAAGUGAUGUGGUGAAAAAUGAAAAUAAUGAAACAUCUUAUGUUGGAUUGUGUA